AUGGCUCCCAAGGUUCUUGUCGUUCUCACUUCCCAUGACACCAUGCCUGGCCAUGGUCCCACUGGAUGGUACUUGCCUGAAUUCGCUCACCCCUGGGAGGUCCUCCACAAGAAGACCGAGCUCACCAUCGCCUCGCCAAAGGGUGGCGAAUCUCCUCUCGACCCUUCCUCAGUAGCAGCUACCGAGGCUGAUCCAGUCUCAGUAUCCUUCCUGAAGGAGCAAACAGAUUUGUGGAAGAAGACCGAGAAGCUCUCCGAAGUCGCCAAGCGCGCCGACGAGUUCGAUGCCAUUUUCUACGUCGGUGGUCACGGACCCAUGUUCGACCUCGUCAAUGACACAACCUCCAUCGCCCUAAUCGAAACCUUCGCCAACGCAAAGAAGCCAGUCGCAGCCGUCUGCCACGGGCCCUGCGUCUUCCUCAAGGCCAAGGCUUCCUCCGGCGAGUCAAUCCUGUCCGGUGCCGAGGCAACUGGAUUCUCGAACUUGGAAGAGGACCAGAUGAACCUUUCGCAAUAUAUGCCUUUCAUGCUGGAGACUGAGCUGCAGAAGCUUACAGGUGGCAAGUAUGUUAAGGCUGCUGAGCCCUGGGGUGCUAAGGUUGUUGUUGCCAAGGCUGCUGGGUCUGGUGCGCCUUUGAUUACUGGCCAAAACCCUGCUUCGGCUACUGGUGUUGGCGAGGCUAUUCUUAAGGCUUUGGGUCUUUAA